GGAACGUGAGAUCUGGAUUAUUCGAUCGGGAAUAUGUGGAGUGUAACCGUUUCACUAAAAUAGGAUGCCGAACCCGAUCAGAUCUCGGAGGGAAUCACUUUUGAGAUCAAGUACUCCAACGUCCGUGAAAAUAAACAGUCUCUCGUUUCAAUAGGUCUCAUUCCUACACCCAUCUUCCUCUCCUCACCUCGAGGAUUAGUACACAUUUUAAAGAGAUGACCUUUACAGCGUAUGAUGCCCACCGCUCUCGCUCAGCAGUCCCAACCUUCUCAAACGAACGCGGCCCAGGCGCAUUCGUUUCAUUAGGUUCCCUCCCCAGACGAAAAUCUCAUUCUCCCACAUUUCCCCAGAAUCGCAAGUCACCCGUCUUCCAUAUUCAUGGCGAUGAUGACCACGAUGACUGUUGCUUGUCGUCGUCAGAUUCCCUCGACGAGCAGACUACUACCCAGCUUGGAGACCCCCAACUCCCAAUGAAAAAUUUACAGGAAGCUUUCCAAUCACCCGCGGCUGUACCCUUUCCCCGCCGCUCUCCCUCCCCUCCUUCUCCCCUCCUUGGUCCCUCUUCACCGUUGGUUACCUCUCCUCAACCACAAAUGUCCCAUGUAUCAUCCCCAGCGAGAAUUCUGCCUAAUGGGAAGCCACUCAAGUCCUCACUUAAAUCAUCAACCUCCAAUCUCUCCAUCCCUGCACUUGAACCCCAACGCCCUAAUAAUCAUCUUCACUUGCGUUCCCGUUCAGAACCAUCCACCCCUACUGCGCAUACUCCUAAAAAUGUCCACUUUCCCGAUACAGACAUUGGCCUGGCCUCUGUCCGCCUUUUCAGCCGCUCUGCCCGUCCAACGGCUGUCAGCACGCCCGAUAUUCCUAAUGGUGAUGAAACGGAGACGGAAGGCGAGGAUCAACCUUCGAAUGGAUUUCCCUUCCCAAAAUUUCCUUCUCCAACCCCGAAUUUCGAAAUUGACACCGCUAAUUCAUCGGUGGUGCCCGUUUCUAAUUCUCUUCCUCAUUCGAAUAUCCUACUUGAGUCCCUCACUUUCUCGCACGCUUCGUCACAAGGCGUCAGCCCACAUUUGAGCGGUACCCUUCUCGUGCGCAACCUGGCGUUCGAGAAACAUGUCGCUGUGAGGUUUACCCUCGAUGAUUGGCAAACCGUCAGCGAAGUGAGAGCGCAAUAUGUUGUUUCCAUUCCAUCACUCCCAUCCGCAUUUAUAUCGUCUUCCUCAUCGAAAACAACAGUUGGCGACCUCGUUGGUCUAGCGGCAGACCACCGCGGGUGGGACCGCUUUUCUUUCAUCAUUCGCUUGGAGGACUAUACACACAGCUUGGGCUCACGAGUAUUGUGGCUCGCUGCACGUUAUAGGGUCCAUUCAACGUGUCCUGGUUUGUCGACGGAAAUCUCAGGUCCCGGUGGUGAAUGGUGGGAUAACAACAACGGUGGAAACUACCGCGUUGCUUUCCGCGUCGCGCCACUGCGACUGACAUCUAACAGGAUUCGAAGAGAGACAGCACCUGAACCCUCAAGGGUGACACUACCCAUGUCCCGCGAACAUACUCCCGGCCAAUUAGUUCCACCUUUGAGUUCAAAUUCGUCUCCCGCAUUCGGAAAAAAGAUGUCAUUCUCACCGACGAGAGAUGGAAAGGAGAAAUUUUCAUUACCACUGAGGUCAGGGAAGCUCCGUCUCCCCAACUAUGCUGCACCUCCGGUAGUCUCCCCUGUUUCCCCCACUUCCUCUGCACCUUCGGUGUCUGCGCAGCGCUCAGAUGCUUCGCGCUCACCCUCCCCGCCGGUCCAACGUCCAACGCCCCAAGUGUCUGUCCCACAAUCGCGUGACUAUGACUCCCCUUCACCUGCUUCUUCCACGCUCUCCACGCCCUCUACUUCACCCAACAUAGUCCCACGCGUCAUGAUAGGUGGGCAUCCCGCAAACUGUCCACGUCCUGAGCAGACACACAUCGAUGAUUGGGAGUGGAUGUCGCCGCCGACACAAGCUGUCAUGACGAAGCGACCGGCUGCGCGUAGGACUGUUACAGAUGGGCCAACUGGACCUAUCCGAUCUGGUGUGCCCGCAAUACCUCCUCGAGCGCAUUCGUCUUCAGGACCGCCGGGUAGCGAUGGCCUAUCUGGCGAUUCGCUGUAUAAUGCAUUUGUGACGCGGUGGUGCUUUGCCCAAGAGCCGUCCAGCGCGGGUCCAUAUCAUGGGCCACUCACAGGCGACGAGGGUAUUUUGGCAUGAGGGUUUUUUGAAUUGGGUUUCAUUUUUGGAGAGCAUCCACUUGUACGAUCUUGACGACCUCGAUAUCAUGACCGCGACACACGUUCAACGGUGGCGCAAGCCAUGCACUCACUCUAUGUCAGCACAAACAA